AUGGUUAGUAAAUGUACAUGCAGUAUUGAUCAUUCAUGCCACGUACGUGAUAAACAAACCGGAUUAAUAAUAUUAUUUACUAUCAUAUUAGAUGUCGACUGUCGAUCUUUGUGGUUGUCAGUGCAACAACACAUGGUGUCUCCUAGUUUGGAUGCAGAUUAUAAAAAUGAAUAUUCAACGCUAAAAAUGUUGUGUAUCAAUAAAAUAAUUUCAUCUAAUGGAUACCUAAAUACAAACAAAGCUAAUUUUAUAUCAGGAGUUCUUGGAAUUGUCUGGGAACAUAUGCUUCAAAACUUGAUCCAGUCUAAUGGUUCUAGUAAUAGUCCUGCAAACAUAGAAUCUAACGAUCAUGAAAAAGAGGAAAUUUAA